AUCUCUGAUUAGCUGCAGGUUAUUAUUCUUUCUUAUUUCAUAUCAUACUUAAUGAAACAAAACAUACACAUAAUUGUACACAUUCACUCACAUUGAAGAUGCAAGAUGAAGAAGGAUACAUGACGUUGAAUGUACAGUCGAAGAAAAAGAGCUCCAUCCAAACAUCUCAGCUUAGAUUUAAAGAUUCUUCAGCAGCGUUGCACUGGUAUAAAAUCCGCCUGGGAAUAUCUGGAGCAGUGAAUGGUAUUCUGGCUUUCACUUUGGUCUCCUUGAUCGUGUUGGUUUCUCAGGGGGUAUUGCUAAAAUGCCCGAGAGGAAACAAUUCAGAUAUCAUCCAGUAUGAUGAUGUUGGAAACCUGAAAGUGAAUAAUGGCACAAGAGGAGAUAUAAGUAAUAAGGACACAGGCCACUGUGUUUCCAGAGCUGCAGACCAGACAGUAGUAUGCCCAUCAGAAUGGCUCAAAUAUCAAGGGAAGUGUUAUUGGUUCUCUGCCGAGAUGAAAACUUGGAAUGACAGUUAUGUGUACUGUUUGGAAAGAAAAUCUCAUCUACUGAUCAUACAGGAUCAACCUGAAAUGGCUUUUAUACAGAGAAACCUGAAACAAUCAAACUAUGUGUGGAUUGGCCUUUACUUUACUUCCAUGAAGAAGCCCUGGACUUGGGUGGAUGGUUCUCCGUUAGAUUCAAAGAUGUUCGUCAUAAAGGGACCAGCUAAAGAAAGCAGUUGUGCUGCCACUAAGGAAAGCAAAAUUUACUCUGAAACCUGCGGCAGUGUUUUCAAAUGGAUUUGCCAGUAUUAGUGUUUAACAAAAUUGAUAGUGAAAUAAUUAAUAAUCACUGUUUUGGGGCUAUGAAGUUCUAAUAUUUGUUAAGCCAGAGCAGAGAGAGAGACACACGAAGAAGCCUCACGUGUAGCAAAAAUGCUGUUUAUUUUGAGCAUCUGGGUGCAGAUGGGUGGAGGCCAAAAGAGUGUCCACCCCGAGGGAGGGGAAAGCCUUGGGUUUUAUUGAAGGUUUCUCUGCAGAGAGUGAGUACCUGGGCCAGAACAGCCACUCUAAUAAUUUUUUUUUAAAAAAUAACCAAUUUCUGGGAUCCCUGCAUCAGUCUAAUCCUGAAGAGAUAAGGGAGGGGGAAGCUUUGUCCUUAUUGGGGCAGGGCGGUAGGAAUACUGGCGUCUGCAGCUGUCUGUAGAUGUACAGCCUCUUAACUCUCCAGACUCCUGCAGCUAUUGUUUUACAAGCCUAAGUUUUCCAUUAACCUCAUUCCCUCCUAUACAUGCUUUUUGGCUUCCCACCUGGAACAAACCUAACAAUAUUAAUCUCCAGGAGAUACAAUUAAACACCAAAAUCUCUUCUCCCUUCUCCCUCUAUAAUCUACACUGGUCCUAACCUCAGAGUAACCCAUGUUAACAAACUAAAGUGUACCCUUCAGUUUUUUUGUGUGAUAAUCCAAUGUGAGCUCAUGUAAUUAUAUUCAGGAUUUUUAUUCAUUUUUUACUUUAUACCAAACAUGACCAUAUUAUGCCUGUUUUAUUGUAUCUUGCUUUUUUUAUUCUCAAUAAUAUCCUAAGCAAAUUAUAUAUAGUUCUAAGGGUUGAUUUAUGGUGUGAAUUUAUAUAUUUAUACAUUGUUGAGCACUAACUUUUUUCCAGGUUUUUGCUACUGUGCACUACGCUGCUAUAAAUAUUCUGAAUAUUUUCUUAAAUAGUAGCACUUUUAUUUCUAUGAUCUAAACCCUAAAUGUAGAAAUUGUGGGUAAAAGUGUUAAAUGUGUUGUUUGUUUUAGAUUUUAUCCAAUUUUUAUAUGUUGCACUUUUUUACCUAAGUUUAGAAACUAACACACUUAUAAGAAGAUAUCAGGUACAGAAAAAAGAACAUACUUUAAUUCUCAAACCUUUUGAGAAUGAGUUGCCACAUCAAUACAUUUCAUUAUAAAAUUUCAAGCAUCAUUGGAUAUGUUUGUGUGUCAAUAAAACCUCCUACAUAACCACAAUACAAUUAGCAAAAUCAGCAUAUUAACACUGACACAGAACUAUCAUCAAAAUUUCAGAUUUCGUUCGAGGUUUUCCAAUUGUCAAAAGAAUGCUCUUUAGAGUAAAAGCCUCUAGCUCAGAAUCAAGGUCUGCAUUUAGUGACUAUUUCUCCUUAGUGUCUUUCAGUUUAGAAAAGUGACUCAGCCUUCCUUGACAUUCAUGUCCUUGACAAUUUUGAAUAGUACAGGUUGGUUAUUUCAUAAAAUGUUCAUUCAACUGUAAUUUGUCUGAUUGUUUCUCAUGGUGAGAUCUAGGUUUUGCCUCCUUAGGAGGCACAGCCAAGAAGGGACACAUGGAGACUUGUUCUCACUGCAGCCUGUCAGGUGGCACUCCAAAAUAUGACUCCUUAGAUUAGAGCAAGAGCGAGACACCAUCUCUACCAAAAAUAGAAAAAAUUAGCUGG